AUCUCUCUCUCUCUCUCUCUCAUCUCUUAUUUCAUUGUUAUAUUUUUUUUUUGAACACAAUAUUUCAUUGUUAUAUAGUUUCUAUUUCCUCGCCUUUCUCUCUCUCUCUCCAGACACAAGACAGAGAUUAGAGAUAGAUACAUACAUAUACAUACAUGUCAACUGUUCAUGAAUCCCACCUCCAUGACAACCCUGUCUCCGCCGCUGAUGGUGUCGGCGAAGAAAAAGACGAAAACUGCCAACCCGCCGGCGAUGAAGAUAUCGCCGUAGCGGAGGCGUCUCAUCAAGGGUACUUUGAUUUUCCGCCGGAAUCUUUUUGGGUGCCCAAAGACUCCGAGCUUGAUUGGUUCGAUCAGAAUGCCACCAUGCAACGUAAAACCUCCCUCAAGUUGGGAUUCUCCGGCGCCGGCGGCAAUCGCAACCACAAUAAUAAUAAAAAGAAUUUCUCCCACCGCUCCUUCUCCACGUUGAACCACAAGCACAAGUCGUCGUCCCUCAUCGCCCUUCCCAAAUCCCAGAAAUCUAGCGGCGGCGGCGGCGGCGCCGAAGGGAAUCUCCGGCAGAAUAAGGCGGCCACGGCCACGGCCAGGCUGUUCAGGAGCCGGUCCGCGCCCGGAGGUAAAAGGGCGUUGCAGCAAGGAGUUGAACCGGGUUCGCCCAAGGUUUCAUGUACCGGGCGGGUCCGGGCCAAGAGAGAAGGGGGGAAGAGAACCGGGUUGUGGAAGAAGCUGAGGACGGUUCUGAAGAACCGGUUGGGAGCAAAGCGGGUGGUGAACAAAGCCAGCAGCGAGUCGGCCGGUUCGAUGGGGUUCGAGUCGGGUAGAUGGUCCGAGUCGUAGGGCGGCAAAAACACGUUCAGAGAUGGAUGUGACACGUGGGCAGAUUGCGGAUAUAUAUUAUUGGGAAUACAUGGGACCCGCAUUUUGUUGAACUCGGCCGCCAUGACGAUCAGCAGGGCCCACAGUGCCCACUUCCAUAUUUUAAAACAUGUGUAUUUAUCAUUUAAAUCACUUUAUAAUUUUGUCUUUACAAUAUAAUAGAUGUUCCACCUGCCUCUUUAUUAUAUUGUUAAAACAUUUUUUAAAUGUAUAAUUUUUGAAAAGUUUUAAGCUCGAGUUA